AUGCUUGGUCCUGGUGAGUGGUUUGGUCAAACCGUCAGCUGGCAUGUCCGAUGUGUUGAGCCAGUGGAUCUGCAGGCGCUUUGCCUGAACUUCCUGCCGAACCCAGAGCUGGUGCUUACACCACACUGUAUUCGACACCAGAUCAUUCCUCUAAGAUGGGCAUUCGACUACAAGUCGGACGAAAAAGGCUUUGUUGCGCGCUUCAAGGCACGCCUGUGUGCUAGGCCCAUCUUAGAGGAAUGA